AUAAUCUUUAUACAUGUAUGUUGAAACACACUAAUGUGUUAUCUGGUGAGCAGUAUCAUUCACGAGAAGAAAACACGAAUGAUAUACAUAACCGGAGCGUGACAUCACUUUCAUCUGGGUGUUUGGGUUUUCGAGAAACUCUUGAGACCAGCGUGACUUUUACUUCCACGGUGUUUUUGGCUUAGUGUGAUCGCCAUCGUCGAAAUGACCAUGGAUCCAAAGGGGCACCAAAUCGUUCACGUACGGGGGGAUUCCGAUACGGACUUGGAAGAUCUUUUCCGAGCUGUGAUGAACCCCACCGGUAUUGUUAAAGAACCACUUCCACAGCACCCAGUGCCACUUCGGAUGCGAAAACUGCCGCCUUCCUUCUUCAAGGAGCCCGACAAGCCCAUGGCUAGCUCUCCCUCAGGAAGCCAUUCGAGGGAAUCGAGCACUGAUUCUACCAACCCCGGUGGCCCGUUCGGUGCACAGACUUUGGGGUUACCCGUGAACCACCCUAGAGCACACUCCAGUCCAGCAAGUUUACAACAAAUGCAAGCAGCUGCAGCUUCACAACAACAACAACAAACUGUUACCCCACAACAUACAAGGCACACAAGCUACGAUGUGACAACCAUCGAAGAUCUACCUCUGCCACCGGGCUGGGAAGUUGCCAGGACGCCGUCAGGUCAGCGAUACUUUCUCAAUCACAUGGAUCAGACGACAACAUGGAAUGACCCAAGGAAAAAUCUGACACAGGCGCAGCUAGCUCAAUUGCAGCAAGCGCAGCAAGCACGUGCAUUAUUACAGCAGCAGCAGCAGCCACAACAGCAACAACAGCCAGAUUUGGGACCACUACCCGCAACCUGGGAACAAGCAUCAACUCCGGAAGGUGAACUUUACUUCAUUAACCACAUAGACAGAACUACAAGCUGGCUUGAUCCUAGACUUGGACUGAGGGCGACAGCCGGCCAAACGGUGGGACUAUCUGGAACGCAACUUAACCGAAAUCAACAAAUACAGCAAGCAUUACAGCAGCAACAACUGCAAGCGCAGCAACAGGGACCUUUAUCGCGACAGCAGCAGCAUCCGCAAAAAGAGCGGCUUCAACAGUUACAGCUAGAACGUGAAAAACUCAGGCGGAGGCAACUUGAAAUCCAACAGCAGGAAAUGCUGAUUCGAAAAGAAAUUGUCGGUGAAGACGGUCAGCCAGUCAGUAAAUCGAAUCAACAAUCGCAAGACAGGGAAAUGACGUCGGUGUCAACAACCGGUGUGGAUCCCUUUCUAAGUGGCGGGACGUACCACAGCCGUGAUGAGAGUGGAGACAGUGGCCUCGGGAUGAGUUCUAACUAUAGUCUUCCUCGGACACCCGAUGACAUGCUUAGUAACGUGGAUGAAAUGGACACAAGUGAUGGAAAACCGGAUAUGAAUGCUGCCACACCCAUUCAAACACCCAUGAAUGAUUACCUGGAAAGUAUGCAGGGGACCAAUGUUGAUAUAGGCAGUCUGGAAGAUGAGGAAGGGGAUGAUCUUGUGCCAAGCUUACAAGAAGCACUUAGUUCUGAUAUCUUGACUGACGUUGAAGCAGUCCUUUCACCUCACAAAAUUGAAAACUUUUUAACCUGGCUGUGA